UUGUCCUUUCCUCUGACAAAGGCGAAGAAAAAAGCGUGACAGAGACGGACAAAAAGCUUGAGUGAUCGUCCCUUCCAUCUUCCAAAAAGCUUGAGUGACCAUCUUCAUUCCGAGUAGUGGUACUCAUAUGCCUCUUUUUGACAACUAUGGUCAUGGCCUCAUCUGAUGAAGAAGGUGAGAUUGUACCAGAUUCCGUAACGGAAUACUACUUUGUUGACCACAUUGGGGAACUGGUUUCCUUUUCCACGCUGCCGCUUAAGUGGAAUGAUGGAGAGAUAACAGAGGAGCUCUGUACGAAGAUUUAUGUAUGUGGGACUUCUGAUGAUGGUCUUCAGCAAAUAUAUAAGAAAGUCAUUGCAUGGAAAUUUGAUAUUUCUUAUGUCAUGCCUGAAGUAUAUGUGCUUUCUAAGGAGAAACUGUGGGUAAAACUUUAUCGACCAAGAAAGGGUUAUGAAGAGACGAUCAAAACAAUACUGAUUACAAUUCACUUUCUCCACUUUGUUAAAAAAAAUCCAAGUGGAUCUCAAGAUGCCCUGUGGAAUCAGAUACUGAAAACCUUCAGUACAUUUGAGAUUCUGCCAUCUGAGAAUGAUCUAUUGGGUCACAUGCCAUUGAUCAAUGAAGCUGCAUUGAGGGAUAAAGAUCUUGCAAAAUCUGAGAUUGUAAUAGAUUUGCUGCUGUGUUUUUUGCAUAACCAGUUUACUUGCAUGAGUAAUUGGUUAGGGUCUCUGUCCGCUGCCGGAAAAUUCAGUAGUCAUCAUUCGGUUCAUCUGGUUCUGUAUAGGACACAUCUGUGUUCUAUUCUUCACUCUUGUUUUAAAGAGUUCAGAUCUGUCCUUUUUUGUUUUUAUUCUGUUAAUUCUGAACCCAUGGCAGAAACGAAAUCUGUCGUUACGUCUGAUGUGGUUCCUGUGAUGUCUAAGAUCACGGACCACAAACUCAACAAUUCUAACUAUCUUGAUUGGAGCAAAACGGUUCGUCUUUAUCUGCGAAGCAUUGAUAAAGACAAUCAUCUGACUGAUGAUCCUCCAAAAGAUGGUUCAAGACAGACAUGGCUAAGGGAAGAUGCUAGAUUGUUCCUACAAAUACGGAAUUCUAUUGACAGUGAGCGCUACACUUCAUUUGGUCGUCACUUCACCAAAGUGGAUAAGCUGAAGGAGGUAGUUGACAGGCUCCGGUGGUACGUUGAAGAUGGUGAUACAAUAGUCGACUUCUGUUGUGGCUCAAAUGAUUUCAGUUGUUUAAUGAAAGAAGCUCUGGACAAAUUGGGCAGGAAGUGCUCCUUCAAAAACUAUGAUAUUAUACAACCCAAGAAUGCUUUCAGUUUUGAGAAAAGGAAUUGGAUGAGUAUUUGUCAAGAUGAAUUACCUGCUGGAUCAAAUCUUAUCAUGGGGCUGAAUCCUCCUUUUGGCGUCCAUGCAUCUCUGGCUAAUACGUUCAUUUCAAAAGCUCUGACAUUCAGUCCAAAGCUCAUGAUUCUCAUUGUUCCUAAAGAAACUAAAAGACUUGACAGGGGAAAGUUGCCAUAUGAUUUGAUUUGGGAAGAUGACGAAUUACUUUCUGGGAAGUCCUUUUAUCUGCCUGGGUCAGUGGAUGUGCUUGCUCAGCAAAUCGAGCAGUGGAACGCGCAGACACCACCAUUAUAUUUAUGGAGUCGCCCUGAUUGGACUGUCAAGCACAAAGCAAUAGCUCGAGAGCAUGGCCAUAUUAGCAUGGAACUAGAUGUUGACCGUAUCAGGGAAAUCAAUGUUGAACCUUCUGUUUCCAAUUAUCUAAUGGAAGAUAAGCAUGACUGGUACCAUGAUUUUUCUAGUGUCAUGAAAGGCUACAGUGACAUUACCAGUAUGCUGGAUGAUUUGCCUGAUGAAUUUGAUGGUACUCAACCUGAUCAGCUCAGGGACACUCGUGCUGAGAUGCAGUUUGAUCGCCAGCUGAAGAACAGACGUCCUGAUGCUGAAGAUCAUAGUGUCGACAUGGAUUGGGAAAUUGUGUAGGCUCUGUUAAAACUCCUCGCCAUGAUUAGACAAAUGGGUGUUCCAAGUGCCGUUUUCUGCUGUGUCCGCGAAAGUUCAAAAGCAAAGUUAACAAUUACUCAAUUCUACUGUCUCCGACUUGAAUGAGCUUCAAAGCCUGUUAAAGUGUUGACAACUUCUAUUUGCCCUGGAAUGUUCGGUAACUUACUACCAAAAUUGUACGACUUAAAAAGUAUAAUCCAUUACCUUGGGUAAACUGUUCAUACUGUUCAUCUACGAUGAAUUAUCUUGCGUUACUGAAUGUGUU